AUGAGCAGUGAAGUUGCUAGAGUGUACCGUGACAUUCUUAAAGCAGUGGUGAAACAUGUCGGCAAAGAAGACCACAAGUCUCAUUUCAUAGACUUUGUAAAGCACGAGUUUCGGAAGAACACAAACUCACUUGAGAAAACCAACCUUGCCCGCAACUACGCUUAUCUUCUCAACAGCAUUCACUCUCACAAGGAACUGUUGUUCUCAUACAACAUUGCUGUUGAUAGAACUGAAGAAAUGAAACGGGUGCUUGGCAAAUCUGCAGCUAGUGUAGGACUUCGUCUUCCCGAGGUUUACCAGCCUUGA